AUAGCUUUACGCGCUUUACCGUCUUUGUUUAUCACGUUUGUGGUCCUACCUUACAAUACUUUACAUAUGUUUUGGAUUAAAAGUAACUCAACAUUGAAGAUUGCGUGCUCAAUACCGAAUUAGUACAGUUAAUAGCAUGAGUUAAGCAAUGAGAAGGAAAAACUAAUACAUCGGAUUGUUCAGUUUUAGUACCUUUAUUGUUUUAGGUCUUGUUAUCCUACUUUUUUAUCAUUAGUCCCAUUGCUGCCGGUUGGUUAUUCGUAACCGCUCAGUCGCGCUUCAGAACUUCGUAGAACAAGACUACAAAAUGAAAAUUUUCAUAAUAUUAGCUUUUGUUUAUAAAUUAGUAGUUGCUGAUCCUUUGCCCAUAGUAUUGUGGCAUGGAAUGGGAGACACAUGCUGUGUAUCAGUAAGUCUUGGAUCAUUUAAAUUAUUUCUUGAGCGAAACAUACCGGGAGUAUAUGUAAAUUCCAUAAGAGUUGGUAAUAAUACAAUUGAAGACUUAGAAAAUGGCUACUUCAUGAGUCCUGAGAAGCAAAUAGAAUAUGUUUGUGAUUUGUUAGCAUCAGAUACAAAAUUACGAAAUGGAUUUAAUGCCAUCGGUUUCUCACAAGGAAGUCAGUUCUUGAGAGGAGUUGUACAAAGGUGUGGGCAUCAAUUGCCCCCUGUAAAAAACUUAAUAACUCUGGGUGGUCAACAUCAGGGUGUUUACGGUCUACCUCACUGUGGGGCGCUACAACAUGAGACUUGUGAUUAUGUGAGGAAGCUACUCAAUUAUGCCGCUUAUUACAGUUGGGUACAAAAAGCCCUUGUACAAGCUACAUACUGGCACGAUCCCCUGGACGAGGAAGCAUAUAAGAAAGGUAGCCAGUUCUUAGCUGACAUCAACAACGAGAGAGUAAUAAACAGAACCUACAUAAAAAACUUGAGCAAUCUGGAUAAUUUUGUUAUGGUAAAAUUUGAUAAUGACUCCAUAGUGCAGCCUAGGGGAACGGAAUGGUUUGGCUUCUACAAACCUGGUCAGGCAAAAGUCUUGCAAACGCUGCAAGAAUCUACCCUUUAUAAGGAGGAUCGUCUCGGCCUCAAGAAAAUGGAUAAAAGUGGCAAGCUCGUGUUCUUAUCACAACCCGGCGACCAUCUACGUUUCUCCCAAGAUUGGUUCAUUAAAAAUAUAAUUAACGUGUAUCUAGAUCCAAAGAAGUAAUUGUAUAGAGGUUGGUGAUAAUGAGAUUUUAGUUUAUAGUUUUCUCAUUUGUGAUAGCUAUUAAAACAAAGCAAUUAAUCGUUUAUACUCAUAGUGUAGGAAUAUUGAUGUUAUAUAA